UAGUCUUUAUCAACUAAAACUCACUAUGGAAAUGUUGAAGGAAAAAAGUUUGCAUUUAACAGUUGAAAAAUUAGUGGAAGAACUUCAAAAGUUAGACAACUAUAAUCAUUUUUAUGAAGAUUUUCAGAUAAUUGCUGCAUCUUAUGAUGUAACUUUAGAGGACUUCAAAAAUACUUUGGUUGCAGCAGUUCACCAAGGAAGUAUGGAAACAAAUCUUAGAAAUGCUAUUUUUUAUUGGUUGAGAAAUCAUGAUAAUAAUAAGCAAAUAGUGGUCAGGGAAGAAGUCACACAAAAAGAGUCGUUAGAUUACCUUAGAAAAGCUCAAGCCACAUGGGAAAGAAGAAUUCAAAAAUCAUUAGAAUCAAUGUGCGAAGAAAUAGGUAUACCUCUUUCAAGCCAAAGACCAAAUGCUGAUAAAGAUGAUAUAUCACAAAAAUGGAAUGAACUUAGUAAUUAUUCAACAAACUUAGAAAGACUAAGGCCAGUGUAUGCACCAAAAGACUUUUUAGAGGUUUUAUUUUCACUACACAAUCCUAACUAUCGAAUGUUUUCUGAAGAAAUGAAUUGGGACUUCACGUAUAUUCCUCUAAAAGUGAAAACACUGAAUGAAUUAAGAUAUCAUUACAGAGAUAUAGCUGCGGCAGAUUUACUCUUGGGUCUAACAGCUUUGACAGCAGUUUCAAGUGGCCCUAUAUUACAGGGUGAACAAGAUCGUAUUAAAUUAGGAGAAAACGUUUUAAUUAAUGGAUAUGCACCGGUUUGUCAAGAAUUUUUGAAACUUGGAGCGCCACGUAGUCUUCGAGGACAGUUGUGGGCACAAAUAUUAGGUUCUAAUGCAAAAUCUUCGAAACAGCAAUAUUUAGAGUUAAAAGAACGAGUAAUUAAUUACGACAUGUUGAUAGACAAACUAAUUACAAAAGAUGUACAAUUAACGGCGUGUAAUGAUGAUCAAUACUUUGUUUUUGAAGAUGUGUUGUACCAGGUCAUGUUAUGUUUCACUCGUGACACUGAAGUAUUAUCAGUAUUUAAUAAUUCAUCAAGCAACCCGAUAUUGACUCCAUUGUAUGGUAUACCACCUGGUAGUGCUGUUUAUCCGCCUAAUGGCGUUGUUCCCUUUCAUGGUUUUACCAUGUAUGCUGCUCCAUUAUGCUAUUUGUUUAAUGAUCCAAUACCUUUAUAUUUUAUGUUCAGAGGUCUCUAUCUUCGUUAUUGGUUCAGACUCCAUGAAAUAUCUUCACAUCCACAAAGUAUUCUUGGGUUAUGCAUAUUGUUUGAACGACUUUUACAAAGACAUGAAACAAAACUCUGGACACACUUAAUUAAUCAUAAAAUUCAUCCUAUUAGAGUAGUAUUCAAAUGGCUCAUGCGAGGUUUUAGUGGACAUUUACCUCCAGAACAAUUGCUCAAUUUAUGGGAUCUAGUUUUAGCUUAUGAUUCAUUAGAAGUAAUACCACUUUUAGCAGUUGCUAUUUUGAGUUUUCGAAAAGAAAAUUUAUUACAAGUCGAUACAAUAUCGAAUAUUGAAUGUGUUUUAGCUGAUUUAUCUUCGUUGAAUGUUAUGUCACUCUUACAACUGGCGCUUAAAGGACCAACUAAAAUUUGAAAAAUAAGAUAUUUAACUAAAAUGUUUUUUUUCGUUAUUUUAUAAUCUUAAAUGUGAUGAACUAUUAUAUAAAAAAAAUAAUAUGCACAAUAAAAUUAUUUUUAAAUGUAAUA